UUGUGUGGUACCCUAAACCCUUUCUCUCCAGUCCCGAUAGCCACUCAGCUCUCAUGGAGGCUCUCUCUCUCACUCUCAGCUACUAAGAAAAUCUGAGAAUCACAGCCGCGUGCGUCCUUGCUUCUCUGUCAUCUUUGGACUCGUUCUAAUAGUCCAUCGGAGAUCUUUGACAAACCAGUUUCUGCAGCUCUUAUUGCUCUUGACUACCUUUGCUUGGUUAAUUCCCUUCUAUCAUGGCAACAAGACUUCAGUUUGAGAAUUCAUGUGAAGUUGGGGUGUUCUCCAAGCUGACCAAUGCAUACUGUCUGGUUGCCAUAGGUGGAUCAGAAAACUUCUAUAGCACCUUUGAGACGGAGUUAGCAGACGUCAUUCCUGUAGUCAAGACCUCAAUUGGGGGCACUAGGAUAAUUGGGAGGCUAUGCGCAGGGAAUAAAAAUGGGCUUCUUGUUCCACACACAACUACCGACCAAGAACUUCAACACCUGAGGAAUAGUCUACCUGAUCAAGUUGUUGUCCAAAGGAUAGAGGAGAAACUAUCUGCUCUGGGUAAUUGCAUAGCUUGCAAUGACCAUGUUGCUCUUACACACACCGACCUGGACAGGGAAACCGAGGAGGUUGUUGCGGAUGUACUUGGUGUAGAAGUUUUCAGGCAGACAAUUGCUGGUAACAUUCUUGUGGGCAGCUACUGUACCUUCUCUAACAGAGGUGGCUUGGUCCAUCCCCAUACUUCCAUUGAAGAUCUGGACGAACUUUCCACACUUCUUCAGGUCCCAUUGGUUGCUGGAACUGUUAACCGUGGAAGUGAAGUGAUAGCCGCUGGAAUGACAGUAAAUGACUGGACAGCCUUCUGUGGGUCAGACACUACAGCUACCGAACUGUCUGUCAUUGAGAGCGUGUUCAAGUUGAGGGAAGCACAACCUAGUUCCAUUGUUGAUGAAAUGAGGAAAUCAUUAGUCGACACUUAUGUUUGAAGUACGAUUAGCAAGUUAUACUCUGCUAGUGAAACUUGUGUGCUUUUCUAAGUAUAGACAUGCAGUGUUUCUAAUUCUGUAAUUCUAUCAACAACUCAACAAGAUGGUUUGUUCCAUUUUCAAGCAAAGUAUUGGAAUAUCCAUAUGAUCAGAGUAUUUUUUGUUCAGA